AGUGCUCUUGCAGCUUUUCCUUCCCCUUGCUUGCUGCGCUCUGCUACACCACUUGUUACAUUCACCUGGUUUAAUUGCAUAUAUUGCUUGUAAAAUGGCUACAUUAAUCAGGAGGAUUAUCAGCACAACAAAAGCUCCUGCUGCUAUCGGCCCGUACAGCCAAGCAGUAGUGGUAGAUCAGACCAUGUACAUCUCAGGACAGCUGGGGAUGGAUCCUGCCAGUGGAUCCCUGGUGGAAGGGGGUGUUGAGGCCCAAACCAGACAGGCUCUCGUGAACAUGGGUGAAAUCCUUAAAGCUGCGAUGUGUGGUUAUGAGAAUGUUGUCAAAACCACAGUGCUCUUAGCUGACAUGAAUGACUUUACCAGGGUCAACGAUGUUUACAAGCAGUUCUUCACCACUAACUACCCAGCCAGAGCUGCCUACCAGGUUGCUGCUCUUCCCAGAGGUGGACUGGUUGAGAUUGAAGCAGUCGCUGUAUUGGGCCCUCUGACCAAUGCUUCCUAACAAGUACAUCUAUCAAACAAUAAAAAAACUGGAAAACCCCCAAAA